CCCGAGCGGUGGAGGCGGCGGCGGCUGCGGAGGCCGCGGCACCGGCACCGGGAGCGGCAAGGGCGGUAGCGACAGCGACGGCCGCACCAAAGAAGGGAGCUCCGAGCCCCGGCGCCCAGCCGGCGGCGCCGCCUCCCCGACCUACAAUGCCUCGCUGAGCCAGGUGGGCAGCUGAGUGGAGCCAAGCAGAGAGCAUCUAUGGAUGGGCCCCUGGCAGGCGGCCUGGCCGCCCCAGAUCGUCCUCGAGGCCCGGAGAGACUGCCUGGCCCAGCGCCAAGGGAAGACAGCGAAGGUGGGGCCGAGGUUGCUGAGGGGGAAGGUUGCAUCUUCCGGUCCACCCAUUACCUGCCUGUCACCAAGGAGGGCCCUCGAGACAUUCUGGAUGGCAGAGGUGGCAUUUCUGAUGGGCAGCCCCAUCCCGGCCUCAGCGAAGCCCUCCCCUGUGCCACCUCCGCCACCCAUCGGAUCAGCAGCUGCUGCUGGGAUGGAGGCAGCCUGGACUUCCAGUCGGGCUCCCCACCACCCCACCCCCUGGGCCACUUACCUGGCCCUCCCGAUGGCCAGGGGCCCUGGGAGCACCCCCUGGUUCAGGAGGCCAGGGAGGGCAUCCCAUCUGAGCGGAGGUUCGAGGACUCGGUCAUUGUAAGAACCGUGAAGCCCCACACUGAGCUCAAAGGCUCUAGAAGGUUCUUGUACCAUCAGGGUGAAUCAAAGCUCUUGGAGAAGGUCCCCCGGGGCCGCCCCAGGUUCGACUGGCUCCAAGACCCAGAUGAGCAGGCCCCACUCCAGGAUGCAGCGCUGCACCUGGACCUGCCACCCCAGCCGCCACCCCUCACUUCCUUCAGGACGAUGCUCGUGCCGGUAGAAGAUACCACUAAGACGUUGGAUGUGCCAGUGAUGGGCACCAGAGAGUACCUGGCAGACCUGGAGGGUCUGGCCCAGCCCCCUGAGUGGAGCUUGCCUAGGUCGGCCUCAGAGGUGGCCACGCAGACCUGGACAGUGAACUCAGAGGCAUCUGUGGAGCGGCUGCAGCCACUGCUGACCCCCGUCCGGACGAGGCCCUAUCUGUGUGAACUGCUGGAGGAGGUGGCCGAGGGGGUGGCCAGCCCAGAAGAGGAUGAGGACGAGGAGCCAGCCGUGUUCCCUUGCAUUGAGUGCAGCAUCUACUUCAAGCAGAAGGAGCACCUUCUGGAGCAUAUGAGCCAGCACCGCCGAGCCCCGGGCCAGGAGCCCUCGGCCGAGUUGGCCCCACUGGCCUGUGGCGAGUGUGGCUGGGCCUUUGCCGACCCUGGUGCCCUUGAGCAGCACCGGCAGCUGCACCAGGCCUCCCGGGAGAAGAUUAUCGAGGAGAUCCAGAAGCUGAAGCAGGUCCCAGGCGAUGAGGGCCGGGAGGCACGGCUGCAGUGCCCCAAGUGCAUCUUUGGCACCAAUUCCUCCAAGGCCUUUGUGCAACAUGCCAAGCUGCACGUGCGUGAGCCACAGGGCCAGGCUGCAAAGGAGCCCUUCGGGGGCAGCAGCAGGGCUGGCAGCCCAGGCCCCGAUGCCACCUCCCUCACGUAUCAGCCCUACGGAGACUCCUCGGGCCUCAGUGCCUGUGUGUUCUGUGGCUUCCCUGCGCCCAGCGAGAGCCUGCUCAGGGAGCACAUGAGGCUUGUGCAUGCCCAUCCCCACUGGGAGGAGGAUGGCGAGGCUUUCGAGGAGGACCCUGCCAGCCGGCCCGGCACCAGCCAGGAUGCUUAUGCCUGCUUCCCUGAUGCCGCCGACUACUUUGGCAAAGCUGAGCCACUCUUGGCCCCCAUGUGGAGGGAGAACCCUGCUGGAUAUGACCCCAGCCUGGCCUUUGGCCCAGGCUGCCAGCAGCUGGGCGUGAGGGAUUUCCCACUGUCAAAGCCACUCCCACAUGGCUCGAGUCAGAGGCCUCUGGGAAGGCCAGCCUUUCCCUCGCCGCUAGCAUCUGCCCCCUACUCCUUACAGGCCAGUAGAAGCAGGAGUGCUGUCCACUUGCAGGGGCUCUCAGCCCAACUGGGGGACCAGAGGCACCCAUGGAGCGAAGAGGAGGAGGAGGAGGAGGAGGACAUACUGCUGGCCUCGGAAAUGGACUUUUCCCCUGAAAAUGGGCUCUUUGCACCACUAGCCACCCCCAGCCUCAUCCCACAGUCAGCCCUGGAGCUGAAGCAGACAUUCCGACAAGUCCUACAGACAGCUGAAGCCUCACGGGCACAGCAGCAGCAGCUCUGCGGGAUGGUGCCAGUCGUGCUGGUGGCAAAGCUCGGGCCACAAGUCAUGGCUGCAGCAGCCAGGGCGCCCCCGAGGCUGCAGCCUGAGGAGCUGGGGCUGGGGGGUGCCCACCCCCUGGACUUCCUGCUCCUGGACACACCGCUGGGUGGCCCUCUGGGGCUGGACACGUUCCUGGAUGGGGACCCAGCAGUGGCACUGAAGCAUGAGGAGCGGAAGUGCCCCUACUGCCCCGAUCGCUUCCACAAUGGCAUCGGCUUGGCCAACCACGUUCGGGGCCACCUGAACCGCGUGGGCGUCAGCUACAACGUGAGGCAUUUCAUCUCCGCUGAGGAGGUGAAGGCCAUCGAGCGCAGGUUCUCCUUCCAGAAGAAGAAGAAAAAAGUGGCAAACUUCGACCCAGGCACCUUCAGCUUGAUGCGCUGUGACUUCUGCGGGGCCGGCUUUGACACUCGAGCCGGCCUCUCCAGCCACGCUCGGGCCCACCUGCGUGACUUCGGUAUCACCAACUGGGAGCUCACUGUCUCGCCCAUCAACAUCCUGCAAGAGCUGCUGGCCACCUCAGCUGCUGAGCGGCCCCCCAGCCCCCUGUGCCGUGACCCUGGGGUGCUGCCUAGUGGCUUCCCAACCUCCCGCCGGCCCCGCUUACCUCUUACAGUGCCCUUCCCACCCACCUGGGCUGAGGACGCUGGGCCAGCCUACGGAGAUGCCCAGAGCCUGACCACCUGUGAGGUCUGUGGUGCCUGUUUUGAGACACGCAAGGGCCUGUCCAGCCACGCGCGCUCCCACCUGCGGCAGCUUGGGGUGGCCGAGUCGGAGAGCAGCGGUGCCCCCAUCGACCUCCUCUACGAGCUCGUGAAGCAGAAGGGCCUGCCUGACACACCCCUUGGGCUGACCCCAGGCCUGACUAAGAAGUCCAGCUCGCCGAAGGAAAUGGUCGCUGGAGUCCCACGACCUGGCCUGCUCGCCCUGGCCAAGCCCCUCGAUGCCCCUGCUGUCAACAAGGCCAUCAAGUCGCCUCCUGGCUUCUCAGCCAAGGGCCUGGCCCACCCACCCAGCUCCCCACUCCUCAAGAAGGCAUCGCUGGCCCUGGCAGGCUCCCCUACCCCCAAGAAUCCCGAGGACAAGAGCCCCCAGCUGUCCCUGAGCCCUCGGCCGGCCUCCCCAAAGGCACAGUGGCCCCAGUCUGAGGACGAGGGGCCCCUGAACCUCACUUUAGAUAGUGACGGGGGCAGAGAGCUGGACUGCCAGCUGUGCGGUGCCUGGUUUGAGACCCGCAAGGGCCUGUCCAGCCACGCCCGAGCCCACCUGCGCCACCUGGGCGUCAGCGACCCGGACGCCAAGGGAUCCCCCAUAGACGUGCUCCACGGGCUCAUCAGGAGGGACGGCGUCCAGAUCCGCCUCCCACCCGGGCGUGGCACCCUGGCCCUGCUGGGGCGGCCUCCUCCCGCCUCUGCGGCCCUCUCCUUGCUCCCCCCCCCACCGCCGGCCAAGAAGGCCAAGCUGAAGGCCGAGGGUAUGGCCAGCCCCUGGGGGAAGCAGGACCUCUCAGCCGCCGCAGCCGCUGGCAUUUUCUGGGCCUCUGAUGUGGAGCCGUCUCCUCUCAACCUCUCCUCGGGCCCAGAGCCAGCACGUGACAUCCGCUGUGAGUUCUGCGGCGAGUUCUUCGAGAACCGAAAGGGCCUGUCGAGCCAUGCACGCUCGCACCUGCGGCAGAUGGGCGUGACUGAGUGGUACGUCAACGGCUCACCCAUCGACACACUGCGGGAGAUUCUCAAGAGACGGACCCAGUCCCGGCCUGGCGGACCCCCCAACCCAUCAGGGCCUAGCCCAAAAGCCCUGGCUAAGGUGGUGGGCAGCGGAGGUCCUGGCAGCUCACUGGAAGCCCGCAGCCCCGCGGACCUUCACCUCUCACCCCUGGCCAAGAAGUUGCCGCCACCACCAGGCAGCCCUCUGGGCCACUCACCAACUGCCUCUCCUCCUCCCACGGCCCGGAAGAUGUUCCCAGGCCUCUCCUCACCCUCCCUGCCCAAGAAGCUGAAGCCUGAACAAAUGCGGGUGGAGAUCAAGCGGGAGAUGCUGCCGGGGGCCCUUCAUGGGGAGCCGCACCCAUCCGAGGGUCCCUGGGUGGCACCUCGGGAAGACAUGACCCCCUUGAACCUGUCAUCCCGGGCAGAACCAGUGCGUGACAUCCGCUGUGAGUUCUGUGGCGAGUUCUUCGAGAACCGAAAGGGCCUGUCGAGCCAUGCACGCUCUCACCUGCGGCAGAUGGGUGUGACCGAGUGGUCUGUCAACGGCUCACCCAUCGACACGCUGCGGGAGAUCCUCAAGAAGAAAUCCAAGCCAUGCCUCAUCAAGAAGGAGCCUCCAGUCGGAGACCUGGCCCCUACCUUGGCUGAGGACGGGCCCCCCACAGUGGCACCUGGGCCCAUGCAGGCCCCCUUGCCGUUGGCGCCGAUGGCUGGCCGGCCAGGCAAACCAGGAGCUGGGCCAGCCCAGGUUCCCCGCGAGCUCAGCCUGGCACCCAUCACUGGUGCCAAGCCUUCAGCCACUGGCUAUCUGGGCUCAGUGUCAGCCAAGCGGCCCCUGCAGGAGGACCGCCUCCUCCCAGCAGAGGUCAAGGCCAAGACAUACAUCCAGACUGAACUGCCCUUCAAGGCAAAGACCCUCCAUGAGAAGACCUCCCACUCCUCCACUGAGGCCUGCUGCGAGCUGUGUGGCCUUUACUUCGAAAACCGCAAGGCCCUGGCCAGUCACGCACGGGCGCACCUGCGGCAGUUCGGCGUGACCGAGUGGUGCGUGAACGGUUCACCCAUCGAGACACUGAGUGAGUGGAUCAAGCACCGGCCCCAGAAGGUGGGCGCCUACCGCAGCUACAUCCAGGGCGGCCGUCCCUUCACCAAGAAGUUUCGCAGUGCUGGCCAUGGCCGCGAUGGCGACAAGCGGCUGCCCCUGGGGCUGGCACCCGGGGGCCUGGCCGUGGUGGGCCGCAGUGCUGGGGGUGAGCCAGGGCCCGAGGCUGGCCGGGCAGCUGACAGUGGUGAGCGACCUCUGGCAGCCAGCCCACCAGGCACUGUGAAGGCUGAGGAGCACCAGCGGCAGAACAUCAACAAAUUUGAGCGCCGACAAGCCCGCCCUCCAGAUGCCUCUGCGGCCCGGAGUGGUGAGGAGGCCAGUGACCUGCACCAGAAGCUGGAGGAGGUGCGGCAACCUCCGCCCCGGGUCCGGCCAGUCCCCUCCCUGGUGCCCCGGCCCCCCCAGACAUCACUCGUCAAGUUCGUUGGCAACAUCUACACCCUCAAGUGCAGGUUCUGUGAGGUGGAAUUCCAGGGGCCCCUCUCCAUCCAGGAGGAGUGGGUGCGGCACUUACAGCGGCACAUCCUGGAGAUGAAUUUCUCCAAAGUGGACCCCACGCCUGAGGAGCCCCAGGCCGCACAGGCACAGACAGCGGCGGCAGAGGCACCCUAACACAGAAGCAUUCCAGAUCCCCUCUCCUGCCACCUCUAUCUCCUCUUCCUCCUUGGUCUCCUCCUCCCUCUCCUCCCUCUUUCUUUUCCGUUUCCAAAGGAGCAAGCCACAACCUCAAUCCGGCACCUUUCAGGGGCUGGGCACACUACAGCCGGGGCACCGGAAGCCAGCUAGCCACCCUUCCCCUAGCCUGAGGACUCCGGGGCCACACACAGGGCAUCUUCCUUCAGCGCACACCCACCUGCCCACUCAGUUCAUCAGGGGCAGCGGCCAGGUCUCUGGGAGCAGCCAGUCUGUUCACAAGGGAGGAAGGCCAGCGCUCUCCCACGUCUAGCAGCCAGGCGGGCUAUGUUUGCCAUCUGUGGCCACUUGCAAAGACCCCAAGGACCCCUUUCCUGGUUCCCUCUUGCCCCUAUGAAUAUCCUCUCACACAUGCACGCACGCACUCACGUACCUCGUGAGACCCGGGAAUCUGCCCCAGCCCUCCAGUUCCCGAGUCGAACGACGACCACGUCAUGCCACGGUGCUUGCUCAGGGGAAGGCGCACUCCCUCUGUGGCCCGCUGCCCGGGCCUGGGAGCCCCCCACUGAGCCCACAAUGCCACGGAAAUCCUUGUUGGCCGCCCCCCAAGAGGGGCCUUCCCAGCUGGGAAGAGCUCAGAGCUGACAGCUGCCUCCUGCCAUGUCAAGGCCCUCUAGAGCCUCGGGGGCUCCCGGGCCUGGGAGGGGGUGGGGGUGGGACUCUCCUUCCCCACCCUCAACCCCCUCCCUCCUUUCACUUUUGCUUUCUAUGUAUAGCUCCCUAGACCCUUCACUUUUUUAAAAACGCGUUUUGUGUAGAGAAUAAGGAACGUGGAUCUUUUUAUUUUGCAAUCCUGGGCCAGCUAGAAAUUGGGAGCUGAUUGACCUUUUAACUUUUUUCAGUGGCCACAUUUUGGUUAUCGAUGUACCUAGAAGUAUGUAAAUUAGAUUAAAUUUCUCUUCUGGAAACACCCCGGGGCAGGCAGCCAGCGUGUGUUUUUCUGUCGAGUGGACAGGCUGGCAUUGUCUGUCUGGCAGCCGGGGCUGGGAUCGAGCCACCUCCGCCAAAAGCCCCUGGAAGCCCUGGGUUUUCCUGUUGGCCGCCAAGCCCACCAGACCUGUCUGGGGAUAAGCCCAAGUUUCCAGCUGUUGGCCCUUGAUGGCAUGGCUGGUGGGGGGGCUCUGGCCAGCUGGUGAAGCAGCUCCUGUGAGCUGAGGAGAAGAACCAGGGCUCUGGGGCAGCUUGUCUGGGAAGGGAGCCAGGAUUGAGAAGUGGUUGAGCCCUGAAGGGCUCUCCGAGGGCAGGAGCUGUCCAGUGAGGGUUUGGGGGACUCGCUGGGGGAGGGUAAAGUGCACAGCUGCUGGGACCGGCCUGCUUUCAAGACAUGCGACUCGUCAAGAGACACAUGCACCCUGAACGUGACUAACGUGAGGGAAAAAGAGAGCUGCUGGCUCCUUUUCAUUGUUAUUUAUUUUCUCGUCCUGCAAAUGUUUAUUGAACAUUUCUGAGAUUUUAAGAGAUUUUGUUGGCUGCUCCUUGUUUAUUGCAUGUGGUUUUUCAGCUCACCAUUUUCGCUUCAAUUAGCCAAGGGCUGGAAAGUGGGAAUGACCUCAUGGGGCAGAGGCCUCCUCUGCCCCAACCCUAUUAUCCUUGGCCCCCUGCUAUGCCUCUGGCUGGGAAGGAGGGGCUGACAAGCUGUGAUAAUAUGCCCACAAGAGAAGUCCUGGCCUGCACACUUUGCUUUUCUGCUCGUGUGAGAUCAGGACACACUUCUUGCCUGGUGGAGGAAGACCUUUACUACUUACGACUAACCAACGCUGUAGAUGGGCAUGUGUGAGACUUUGAAAGCUGGUAGGGCAUCUCCUGGGAUGAGAGCAACUCCUCUUUCAACUUUUUAUAAAUUAGUUUAAAAAAAAACUAAUAAAUUAGUUUUUAAAAAGUGAUGUAAGUUGAAUGUAAAAAAAUGUUCAAACUAUACAAGAGCUUAUAAAGUGGGAGGCCCCUCCCCACGCACAGUCAUGCCAUGAUAGCUGUAUCAGUUCUUUAAAGGGCUGAAUGCAAUUCUUGACACAGAGGGAUCUUUUCUUAAAACUUGUGAGUGCACCCCUUCUCUUAAGCAGUUCUACUGCCUCUCUCAGAGGCAGAGCAUUGGAUGUUAA